UUCACACUCAUAUCGGAGCUGAUUGAUAUUUGUCUCUCUUUCUCUGAAAUUUUAAUCUUCUUCUAAUUGAAAGAUUUCAAGUUUACUAUAAAGUUCUUUCUCAGGGAGGUAGUCGCUCAUCUUAAAGUUUAAAAACUUUAAAGUUUUUAAGCUUUUAAGUUUUUAAGUUUUAAGGCUUUAAGUUUUUAAGGCUUUAAGUUUUUAAGGUUUUUAAAGUUAUCUGACAAAACAGCCUUGGUGGAGUGUGCACGGACCAUGCUAGGAUUCAGUAUUCUGGGACUCUUCCUUGUGCCUUCGUGCCGGCAGAUGUAGCCCAAACAACCUGGCAGACUACGAGUUACUGCGCCGAAUUUUGACCAUGAUAUUUAGAGAUGAGGUUCGACGUCGCCCGGCAGGUUGACGACUUACUCCUGUUCAAAUGAAAUCAUGUCAAUCAGCGAGAUGGCGAAAGAUCAGAUUCAGCAACGCAAACGACGAUCUGCUCCAAAGGUUAAAACAGGAUGCGGAACCUGCAAAACCAGGAGAAUCAAGUGUGACGAGGCCAAACCGAGUUGUCAGCGCUGUUUAACAACCGGACGAAAGUGUGAUGGUUAUAGUAGCGAUAUUGUGAUUUCCAACCAAACGUUCAAAGACUGUUUAGCGCUCAUUCAACGAAUUUCCGUCCAGAUACCUGGGACUGCGGAGGAAAAAAGAGGCUUCGACUACUUUCUUCGCAAUACAGCAGCGGAACUAUCUGGAUACUAUGAUUCAUCAUUUUGGGGAAAUCUCAUACUGGCUGCUUCUACACAAAAGCCUUCUUUACGACAUGCCGUAAUAGCACUAGGAGCCUUGCAUGAAGACUUCUCACGGAAGAGGCUGCACUCCGUCCCAUCGGGGGAUGAUCAAAAUUACCAAUUGGCACUGAAUCAGUACUCGAAAGCCUUGGGAGCACUGCGGAGGUCUCUAUCACACGGGAAGGAAGAACCGCUCAUAGCUCUCAUGUCCUGCAUACUCUUUGUGUGCUUUGAUAGCCUGCGAGGCUAUUAUGAAUCAGCAAUGGUCCAUCUUCAAAGCGGGCUUGGGAUUCUGCGGGAUAUUAGGAAAUCGUCUCCAGGGAAUCAAAUCAUUGAGGAGAAAAUUGCUCCUCUUUUCACGAGACUGUCGAUACAGUCUUUCAUUUACGUUGAGACGAGAAGUAAGCAUGAGAGGAAGAGCUUUGUUGAAAAGUUGAUCGACGUCUCCGGGAAAGACAUUGUAAUUUAUGAAGAAUUUAACAAUCUAGAAGACGCGCGGAAUGCUUUAGAUCGGGCCACAGAUGGUUUGUUUAGGGCUUAUUACCUGUUUGACCGCCGUCUACCUAUCAUUUUACAAUCCGCAGAAAGCCUCGCAAAAUUUGACAAAUACACUUCCCAGUUAUCUCUUUGGAACCUUGCAUUUGAACAAUUUAUGUCAUCCAAAGGCAAGGAUCUCACCAGCAGGGAAGUGCAAGGUGCCGCACUCUUGAAAAUACAUCACACAACGGUGAAAAUCAUGGCUGGAAUGUAUCCCGACAUCAGUGAUAUGACAGUUGUGAUUGAAUUGUUGGACACUGAUAGGUUCUUGAAAUAUAUGGACGACUUUCAAAUCAUUAUCGACUUGUCAAAGUCGCUAAUUGCAGCUGCGGAACAGGAUGCGAUGAAUGGAAAGCCGGCGUUUACGUUCGGUAGCGAUUUUGGCUUUAUAGCACCGCUUUAUUACGUCUGUAUCCACUGUCCCGAUAGCUCCAUUCGAGAAACGGCAAUGGAGCUCUUGUUACGAUGUCCGCGACGAGAAGGGAUGUGGAAUAGUACAAUUGUUGCUCACAUGAUCCAACAAUUCUGGGAACUGGGAGCAAGAAACAUAGUAACGCAAAAGAUGGGGUUUGAAUUAAGUGAAUUUGGAUUUCCAGUACCUUUCACCAACAGGGUAGCCGUUCACUCUGCAUUCUUCGGUCGACCAACAGAAGUGAAUACAGCUGACCUCUCCCAACCCACCACUCCAAACGCUUCUCCUUCUACGCCAGUGAAAUGUCUGCCAUGUUGGGAAUUUUGACCGAAUUUAACGAUGCAUGGGAAUACAGCACGUCAAGAUACAGAAGCGGACGCCCUAACUUUUCUGGAAGAAGUAAUUGCACAGUAACAUGAUCUGCGCGGACACGGAAUCGAUCCGAUAUUUCAGUUUGAAUGGCAUGCGCUAUUGCUUGGUUGAUCACGUCUAUUCUAGCCUACUCUCGUGUUGGGGUUGUGCAGAAGAUCAGUUAAAGAUAGUGGCGCGAAAUAACAGUCAAUGUACUACUGAGCACGUGUGUACAUGGAAAUUAAGGGUUCGAAAAACACGUCAAACAUUGCAUGCUCAUCCAUACUUGGGAUAGGAUCAAAUAGAAAGUUUUCCCGAGUGCGCGGGAUAAGGAGAAAGGCCAUUGGGCGCGACUAAGCGGCGGAGGAGAGCUAGAGUGGCACUCGGCGGCAUCAACGAAACGACCAACAGUACCAUUUGCGACUAUGAUUAUCUCGCUGCAUAUUUAUUUACUGAUCUUGCACUAGCUUUAAUAUUGGCCUACUGGUCUAAAGUUUGUAAAUUUGCGAGAGAACUUUAAGAUACUGGAAUCUUGUAUUACUUCUUGAUUUAAAAGUACUGGGGUUCUUACUACACUCUGAAGUCAGCUAGGUAGAUUCUCCCUUAUAUCUUGUUCUUCCAUCCUUGCAAGUAAACAGUUCAAUGGGCUCUAUCUAGGCAAGGGUGGGAUAUCUUUACUGUUAUAUAGUUUUUUAAGCAUUGAUUCUUCAAGCGCGGGAUAAAAUAGAGUAGAUCAAUUCUGUAAAUAGAAAUGUUAUUUGAUACACAAUUUCCUUAUAGUUCCUGUC